AGAUUCAAACCAGAGAUACUCUCAUUGUGUAAGGGUCAUUAAUACUUCCAAUCGUUAAAACCGCAACGGCCUAUAAAACCCACUGCCAUCCAUUAAAGAAACUAGCAUCUGGACUCCUUUCCUGCAUUCCGCUGAAGCCAGGGCGUUAGCAUUAGCCGUUACGCUUUUUGGCUAAAUGUUUUAGGCUUUCCAUCUAGUGGCUUUGUUCAAACUAACAACAAAAACUACACAAUCCACUUUCUGAAAUACCAGUCGCACAUAACUCUUAUUUCUUAUGGCUAGUAUUCUGGAACGAGAUUCAUUGCGCUACAAGUACAGAAAUGCCACGUUCUCUGUGCGCAUGCGCACAAUCUCACGUAUGGGUUGUAGGCAGCGGUUCGGUUGUAAACAAGGAGACACAGCAACAAAAGGUGAUAAUCUUCAUGUUGUCAUUCGUUCUCUACUGAAUCCAGUAAAGGUCUGACCAAGCAACAGGGAGUGAGGACAUUUUUACUGUUAUAUACUGACUGUGGAUAUGAAAGGGCAACCGAAAAAUUCUGAACCUGGUGUCAAUGUUCCAGUCAUUGAAGAAGGGGCAGUCGCCACUGCGGAAGAUCCAUCAGCAAUCACAACUAUUCAGUCUGCUUCUACGUUCUCCACCGAGCAGCCGAUUAAAUAUCUGUUCAAGACCGAGGGAGCUGGGGGGCAGGUAGGGGAACUGUACCCUCCCACAGGGCAGGUUACAUAUCGAGUAAUCCAAGUUGCAGAUGGGCAGCUUGAAGCUCAAACGGAUGGUGCAACAGCAGUUAGUGUAGUGACUGGGUUUCCUGCCACAACACAACCUGUUACACAGGCUGUGUUUUCUCAGUCAGAGGGCUUAGAAGGAGAUGGCACUGAAACCCAUUACACUUAUUACCCUGCUAUCUCGGAUGCUGCAACAGGCACAAUGGUGACUGGUGUUCAAGCUUCAGAUGCACUCCUCAGUGAGAGUACCCCUGCAGGUCAGUUGUAUGUCAUGAUGUCACCGCAAGAGGUCCUUACUGGAGCCAACCAGAGGUCUAUUGCACCCCGUACACAACCUUACAAUGCCAAGACAGAUGGGCCUAGAACCUCAAGAGAUGAGAAAAGACAAUCUCAGCAUAAUGAAGUUGAACGAAGGCGCAGAGAUAAAAUUAAUAACUGGAUUGUUCAGCUUUCAAAAACAAUCCCAGACUGCACCAUGGAUUCAACUAAAACAGGACAGAGUAAAGGUGGGAUUCUAUCAAAGGCCUGUGAUUACAUUCAGGAGCUGCGACAAAGUAACAGCCGGUUAGGAGAUGAAUUAAACAACAUUGAGAGGUUGAGAAGGGAUAACCAGCUAUUACGACAAGAGGUCAUGUUUUCAAUCGAUAAUUUUGUUGCUUUGUCAUUUUUUACAAAAGGUGGAAGAUUGGAAAUCUAAGAAUCAAAUUCUAAGGAACCAUCUCCGGCAGCAUGGCAUAGUCGCAGCAGCAAGUGCAGAUCCCCAGUGAAGAAUUAUAAAGAUUAAAAAAACAACUAAAGAAAUUCUGAAGAAAACAUGGCUGCGUUUUCUGCAGUUGUUUGUAGAUGGCAUCAUAACAAGUUAAUCAAUAUGUAAUGCAAGACUUUUUACCCAACAAUACUUGGUUAACCCAACAAGAUCCUCGUUCAGGAUCUUGUCCUAUGUAUAUAAUAUAUUUUAAAUAUUUUUUCAUACAUUAAUGUAAUUUAGUUUUGUUUUAUGUACUAUGAGAGCUUGAAGGAAUUUGUUCGUUUUAUAUUUGUGUUAUGAACACAUUUUUAUGUUUAAUAAUUUUCACAAAGGUUGACAAUUUAAUUUUCUAAAUAAUAGAAAUUUCAUGUAACUGCCUUUUAAUUGUUAUUGCACACCAUACAGUGUCAUAGUAGCUAUGAAGACUACCAAAAUAAAUAGACAAUUUUUUUAUUUAAUUCCCUUAGUCUAGUUUAAUAAUGUUGUGUGUUUCGACAUUUACAAGUUGACAGAUAUUUCCAGAAAUUGCCGUUUCUCAAUAUGCGUUCUUAGGCGGUAUUGUGUCCUCGUGUUCUUGCUCUACGUCAUUAAUAACCUUCAAAGUCCGUUCCAAUCCUCAAAAACAGAACACGUCAUGAAAGUACUCGAUAGUGAGUUCUCUAUCAAGGAUGCAUUGUGUCUCGUUUCGGAAGGCUGCGUCCUCCGGAGGUCUCAUUUGAAGCCUGCUACGUCAUCGAGGCUGUCUCGUUUCAUAAAAGCAGGUAGGACACUGUAGGCACCCUUCUAAUGCGACCUAGAGGUAACCCACAAUUCUUUGCAUCGGCCUACGUCUGUUAAAUAAACGUGUUGAAUAGACGGCAACAGCUGCACAUUCAAUCAAAUAUGUGGUGUUUAAAUGUGAACAGUUUACAAUUUGUGUCACGUUUUUUAUAUCUUAGCAGGCAUAUGUAGUAAAUAGGUUUAAGUGUUUAGUGAUUUUUUACAUUUGCUUAACUCUUUUGGCAUUGUUUAGGGUAGAAAGUAACCAACGUUUUACCUCGUAAAAUCAUGUAGAAAUCAUUUUAAUUAAUUUGACGGGUGUUCGAGUGCAAAGUGCUGUCAUAGCAACGUGGUACUUCCUGUUUCCUUUUCUGCCAGUAUGUCCUAUGAUCGACGUCUCGUUUAAUUCUAAAUUGAGAAUCCUCCGUAUACCGCAUCCUUUAGAGGACGAUACCUCUGGAGGACACAAGGACGCAGCCUUACGAAACGAGAGACAGCGGCUGUGUCCCAAUUCGGGGGAUGCGUGCUUUGAAGGCUGCAUUUUAAGACCGUUUGCGUCACAGCAGCGCGACUGAAGGCUGGUAAGGCUGUCCCGAUUCAAAGGUUGCUUAAAAUGCAGCCCCAAAAUGCGACCUUAUUUCCGUGGGUUUUUAAGGAUAGAACGAAUAUCCUUCACAGCCUUGGGUAUCCCGAGAUUCAUUGCGCGCCUGUAACGGCUUGAAAUUUUUAAAU